AUGUUUGGUGAUUUCUUCAUGCUGCUGCUGCUGAGGACGGAUUUCCUUCCCCGUGGCUCUGGCAUUGUGACUCGUCGUCCUUUGGUUCUGCAGCUGAUGAACUCUCCCACAGAACAUGCUGAGUUCCUCCACUGUAAGGGCAAAAGGUUCACAGAUUUUGAUGAGGUCCGGCAGGAGAUUGAGGCUGAGACUGACCGCAUCACUGGGGCCAACAAGGGCAUCUCCCCUGUGCCCAUCAACCUGCGGGUGUACUCCCCUCAUGUGCUGAACCUGACCCUGGUGGAUCUGCCAGGGAUGACCAAGGUGCCGGUGGGCGACCAACCUGCUGACAUCGAGGCCCAGAUCAGAGAAAUGCUGAUGCAGUUUGUCACCAAGGAGAACUGCCUGAUGCUGGCCGUCUCCCCGGCCAACUCUGAUCUGGCCAACUCUGACGCUUUAAAGAUUGCCAAAGAGGUCGACCCUCAGGGUAUGAGGACCAUUGGUGUGAUCACCAAGCUGGACCUGAUGGACGAGGGGACAGAUGCUAAGGACAUCCUGGAGAAUAAGCUGCUUCCACUCAGGAGGGGUUACAUCGGUGUGGUGAACAGGAGCCAGAAGGACAUAGAUGGCAGGAAGGACAUCAACGCUGCAAUGGCCGCUGAGAGGAAGUUCUUCCUCUCCCACCCUGCAUAUAGACACCUGGCCGACCGUAUGGGCACUCCUUACCUCCAGAAAAUCCUCAAUCAGCAACUGACCAACCACAUCCGGGACACCCUGCCGGCUCUGCGGGCCAAGCUGCAGAGUCAGCUUCUCUCCAUAGAGAAGGAGGUGGAGGAGUACAAGAACUUCAGACCUGACGAUCCAUCUCGCAAGACCAAGGCUCUGCUCCAGAUGGUGCAGCAGUUCUCCGUGGACUUUGAGAAGUGUAUAGAGGGCUCUGGGGACCAGAUUGACACAGCUGAGCUAUCAGGUGGUGCCAGGAUCAAUCGCAUCUUCCAUGAGCGCUUCCCCUUUGAACUGGUCAAGAUGGAGUUUGACGAGAAAGAGCUCCGCAAAGAGAUCAGCUACGCCAUCAAGAACAUUCACGGAAUCAGAACUGGCCUCUUCACCCCGGACAUGGCCUUUGAGACCAUUGUGAAAAGGCAGAUUGGGAAGAUUAAAGAGCCUUGCACCAAAUGUGUGGACAUGGUCAUUUCUGAGCUAGUCAAUACGGUUAGGCAGUGUACCAAGAAGCUGGCUCAGUAUCCCCUGUUAAGAGAGGAGAUGGAGAGAAUUGUCACCCAGCACAUCAGGGACAGAGAAAACCGCACUAAGGGACAGGUGUUGCUGUUGAUAGACAUUGAGUUGUCCUACAUGAACACCAACCACGAGGACUUCAUUGGAUUUGCCAACGCUCAGCAGAGGAUCAACCAAAUCAACAAGAAGAAGGCAGCUGGCAACCAGGAUGAGAUCAUGCCGGAGAGAGGAGUUAACGAUCGGUUUAAGGUGAUCAGGAAGGGCUGGUUGACCAUCAACAACAUCAGCAUCAUGAAGGGAGGAGCCAAGGAGUACUGGUUUGUCCUCACCGCCGAGUCCCUGUCCUGGUAUAAAGAUGAUGAGGAGAAGGAGAAGAAGUACAUGCUGCAGGUGGACAACCUGAAGCUGCGGGAUGUGGAGAAGGGCUUCAUGUCCAGCAAGCACAUCUUUGCCCUCUUCAACACUGAACAGAGGAACGUGUACAAGGACUACCGUCAGCUGGAGCUGGCCUGUGAAAGUCAGGAGGAUAUUGAUGCUUGGAAGGCCUCCUUCCUCAGAGCUGGAGUUUAUCCUGAACGCGUCACGGACAAGGAAGGAAAGAGUGACGGCGAUGAAAAUGGCUCGGACAACUUAAUGCACAGCAUGGACCCUCAGCUGGAGCGGCAGGUGGAGACCAUUCGUAACCUGGUUGACUCCUACAUGGCCAUCGUCAACAAGACCGUCCGCGACUUGAUGCCGAAGACCAUCAUGCACCUCAUGAUUAACAAUACUAAGGAGUUCAUCAAUGCAGAGCUGCUGGCUCAGCUGUACUCGUGUGGUGACCAGAACACACUGAUGGAGGAGUCUCAGGAGCAGGCCCAGCACCGCGACGAGAUGCUGCGCAUGUACCAUGCCCUGCGGGAGGCCCUCAGCAUCAUCGGUGACAUCAGCACAACCACCAUAACCACCAGCAUGCCGCCACCCGUGGAUGACUCCUGGCUGCAGGUGCAGCGGAGUGGUUCCGGAGGAAGGUCUCCAGCUACCAGUCCAACUCCAAACCGCAGGGCUCCACCGGGACCUCCGAACCGCCCAGGCUCUCGCGGGCCUCCACCUGGGCCUCCUCCUGCUGGGGGACCCCCUGUCCCGUCUCGCCCGGGGUCCUCCCCAGACCCUUACAGCGGGCCUCCGCCCACUGUUCCCUCCCGGCCUAAUCGCGCACCCCCAAGUGUGCCCAGUCGGAGACCCCCACCUUCUCCAACCCACUAGACCUCUGAGCUCCUCCCUCCCUCCUCCGUCCUGUCCAGUCCCACCUCUGGAUGAGAGACCUUGGACAACAGUGCCACCUUCCUGUCGUUUUCCGCCACACCCGACCUGAGCCGGCUCCCUUCUCCUGCUCCCUCACAACAAGCCACGUCUCUCUUUCUCUCCCAACAACUCCCCCUCCUCCUCCUCCUGCACACACACACACACACACACACACACACACACACACACACACACACACACACACACACACACACACACACAAACCCCUCUGUUUCACACAGAGAUGCAGAAUACUUGAAAUACACCUGCAUGACUGACAUACAAACAUGCUGCACCCUCGGAAUUUAAAUAAACUAUGUAGAUAAUAUUGAGUGUAUGCGCACAUGUGCAUGCACACCUGCUUACAUAAAUACACACACACACAUAUAUAUAUAUAUAUAUGUACAAGCAAAUACGUACAGAAUAUUUGUUCCUGCUGGUAAACCUAAGGUGGCAGACAUUUGCAAAUUUAGCAUGACACUUUGCCUGAGUAUUACUUUAUACUCCAGCCUUUCUAAUGGGUAUUCUGGCUGCUGACUGAUUUUUUCCUGUGUUAACAUUUGUUUUAUCUUUAAAAAUCUUUUUAGCUUAAUUUCUAUUUUAAAUAAAGGAAUACUUCA